GACAGAUCACAUGACUAGCACCGAGAAGCAGGGAGAAACAUGGCCGUCUCCGGUGUGUUUAAAGCGGGUCUGUUCAACCACAAAGUGGCGGUGGUAACGGGAGGAGGCACCGGAAUCGGUAAAGCCAUCGCCUCCGACCUGCUGAAGCUGGGUUGUAACGUGGUGAUCAUGUGUCUCUGUGUGUCAGGUUGUAACGUGGUGAUCAUGUGUCUCUGUGUGUCAGGUUGUAACGUGGUGAUCAUGUGUCUCUGUGUGUCAGGUUGUAACGUGGUGAUCAUGUGUCUCUGUGUGUCAGGUUGUAACGUGGUAAUCUCCAGUAGGAAGCUGGAGAGGCUGGAGGCUGCAGCUGAAGAGCUGAGACAGAGUAUCCCUGAGUCUAGUCCUGCCUCCGUCACCCCUAUAGUCUGUAACAUACGCAACGAGGAGGAGGUGCUGUCUCUGGUGGGGUCAGUGUUGCAGCAGUAUGGUCGGAUAGACUACCUGGUAAAUAACGGUGGAGGUCAGUUCAGCAGCCCAGCAGAACACACCUCGUCUAAGGGGUGGAAGGCUGUCAUAGACACCAACCUCACAGGAACCUUCCACUGCUGCAAGGAAGUGUAUGCUGCAUGGAUGAAGGAGAACGGAGGAGUGAUCGUCAACAUCAUCGCUGAUAUGUGGAAGGGCUUCCCAGGCAUGGCUCAUACCGGAGCAGCGCGGGCCGCUGUAGACAACCUAACUAAGACUCUGGCCAUCGAAUGGGCGGUGUCUGGAGUCAGAGUCAACGCCAUAGCACCGGGCACCAUCAUCUCCAAGACAGCCGUUGAGAACUAUAAGGAGUUUGGUCCAACACUGUUUAAGAUGUCUAUUCCCUUCAGCCCUGCUAAAAGACUGGGAGUCCCAGAGGAGAUCUCUCCAGCAGUGUGCUUCCUCCUGUCUCCUGGUGCUUCUUAUAUCUCUGGAGCCACUCUGAGGGUGGACGCUGGACAGAGUCUUUACCACUCUAUGUGGGAAAUACCAGAUCACAAUGCGUGGCCUGCGGCCCCAGAGGGAGAGAAUCUGGACACUCUGAAAGAGCUGCUGAAACCCAAGGCCAGGCUCUAACUAUCACUAUGGAAACAAGGUCAUCGCUACGGAAACAACCCAGCACCGCGGUGACCAGCCCAUGGCAACGGACGGACGGGUGUAUGAUUGUAGACGGACAGAUGUUUAGAGAAUUGUUUUUGAUAACGCUGAUCAGAAUGCUAUCAAUAUGAAUUAAUGGAAGGAUUAGUGUCACUAUAGAGGCUGACCUCUACAUCUGUCUCCUCUCGUCCUGUCAGCCUGACCCUGUGUGACCCUGUGUGACCCUGUAUCACCCUGUGUGACCCUGUGUGACCCUGUAUCACCCUGUAUCACCCUGUAUCACCCUGUAUCACCCUGUGUGACCCUGUAUCACCCUGUGUGACCCUGUAUCACCCUGUAUCACCCUGUGUGACCCUGUAUCACCCUGUGUGACCCUGUAUCGCCCUGUGUGACCCUGUAUCGCCCUGUGUGACCCUGUAUCGCCCUGUGUGACCCUGUAUCGCCCUGUGUGACCCUGUAUCGCCCUGUGUGACCCUGUAUCGCCCUGUGUGACCCUGUAUCGCCCUGUGUGACCCUGUAUCACCCUGUGUGACCCUGUAUCGCCCUGUGUGACCCUGUAUCACCCUGUAUCGCCCUGUGUGACCCUGUAUCGCCCUGUGUGACCCUGUAUCACCCUGUGUGACCCUGUAUCGCCCUGUGUGACCCUGUAUCGCCCUGUGUGACCCUGUAUCGCCCUGUGUGACCCUGUAUCGCCCUGUGUCGCCCUGUAUCGCCCUGUGUGACCCUGUAUCACCCUGUAUCGCCCUGUAUCACCCUGUGUGACCCUGUGUCACCCUGUAUCGCCCUGUAUCACCCUGUAUCACCCUGUAUCGCCCUGUAUCGCCCUGUGUGACCCUGUAUCGCCCUGUGUGACCCUGUAUCGCCCUGUGUGACCCUGUAUCGCCCUGUGUGACCCUGUAUCGCCCUGUGUGACCCUGUAUCGCCCUGUGUGACCCUGUAUCGCCCUGUGUGACCCUGUAUCGCCCUGUGUGACCCUGUAUCGCCCUGUGUGACCCUGUGUCGCCGUGUAUCUCAUGUACUGUACAUAAUUGUAGAUAAUUCAGGUAUUAUUAACAUGGUAAUAGGCCUAUGUGACAAUUCUCCUGAUUAUUGGCUGUUAUUAGUGUUUUGAUAAUGCACAGCCAGUGCCGUUGAAUAUGAACCAUAAUGUUUUCACUAACUCGUCUCAUAAAGAAACAACUCUCCCUUACAAUAAACACCCUUUACAUUGA